CACGUGUGGAUUGUCCGGGCGGCCAAAGAGAGGGGGCUGGAACCGGGGAAGGAGCCGAGCCGAGGACCGAAGAUGGCGGCGUCGAGCUCUUCGGGCAGCUUGAAAAGCAAUUAUGCCGUGUUCAGGAGAAUUGAGUCUUUCUACACAGGUGGACCGAUUCAGAUUACCCAAGCUGGGGAUUAUAUGUUUUGUGCUUGUGGAAGCAAGGUCAAUAUAGUGGACAUUGCAACAGGAGAUGUCAUACACAGUAUUGAACAGGAUGAUGAAACAGAGAUUACAGUAUUUGCCCUCAGCAAUGAUGAUGAAAUCUUAGUAACAGGAAGCCAAGCGCUACUGCUGAAGCAAUGGGACUGGCUAGGAAAUAAGUGCACGCGCACAUGGAAGGCUGUGCAUCGAGCCCCUGUGGCCAGCAUGACCUUUGACCCGUCUUCCACUUUAUUAGCCACAGGUGGCUGUGAUAGCACCAUCAAGAUCUGGGACAUUUUCCGGCAGUACUGCACACACAACCUGAAAGGCUCUUCCGGGGUUGUCCACCUUGUCAAGUUCCACCCGGACAUCUCUCAGCCUCAGCUGUUCUCCUCCUCUAUGGACAAUAGCAUCCGGCUUUGGGACCUGAAGUCCAGCCAGUGUGUGAGCCAGCUGGACAACCACUACAGCUUAGUCACCUCUCUUUCAUUCUGCCCAGACAACGAGACCCUCAUCAGUUCUGGCCGUGAUAAGAUUUGCACCGUGUGGGAUCUGAAAGCGAAAAAGGUCAAGAGCACCAUUCCUGUCUAUGAGACCAUUGAAUCUGUGGUCUUAUUACCACAAGAACUGGAUUUAUCGAACUUGGGUGUGACUAAAUCAAGCACUCACUUUCUCACUGCCGGUAGCAAAGGGAUCCUCCGGGUGUGGGAUGCGUCCACAAGUACCUGCGUGCACAGCCAGUCCCUGCCCCAUCUGCCAGCUGAGUCCAGAGCAGAGGUGGUUGGACAGCACAGCCUCAUGCACUGCAGCCUAGUGCCAACAAAAAGUGAAGUAGUCGCCGUGAAUGUGGAGCGCAACAUCUGUUUGUAUGAUGCACGGACACUGGAUCUCAAGAAACAGUUUUCAGGUUAUAAUGGAGAAGUUUUGGAUGUCCGGUUCCUGGGACCAAAUGACUCGCACAUAGUUGUGGCAACCAACAGCCCCCAGCUGAAGGUAUUUGAGUUGUCAUCUUCAAACUGCCAGAUUCUGCAAGGCCAUUCAGAUAUUGUUCUUGCCUUGGAUGUCUUCCGAAAGGGGUUGUUAUUUGCUAGCUGUGCAAAGGAUAAGACCUUCCGGAUUUGGCGGAUGACAGAAGAUGGCGAGGUUUUCUGCGUGGCUCAAGGGCUGGGCCAUACGCAGCAAGUGGGUGCCCUUGCGUGUUCCAAAACGAAAGAGAAUUUUCUGGCCACAGCCAGCCAAGACCGCACAGUCAAAUUCUGGAUUCUUCCUAAAAUGCCUGCCACCAAGGAAAAAGAGAACCAGGUCUUGGUGCUGCAGGCUGACAAAACAGCAGUGGCGCACGAUAAGGAUAUUAAUAGUGUGGCAGUGUCUCCAAAUGAUAAGCUGAUCGCAACAGGCUCCCAGGACAAGACAGCCAAGCUGUGGAACUGUGAAGAUUGUGCACUACUUGGAGUCUUCUCUGGACAUAAACGGGGCAUCUGGUGUGUACAGUUCUCCCCAGCAGACCAGGUCUUGGCCACCUCUUCAGCAGAUGGGACUGUGAAAAUCUGGGAUCUGCAGGACUUCAGCUGUCUGAAGGUACUGUUGUGG